AUGUCGGGCGAGAAUUCUUUGUACGACAAGGGCAAAGAAGUCCGCAUUGCCGUACUGGGCGAGGCACACGUCAAAAGAUCACUUGCAGCACGACAAAGCGAAUUCGCCAAACCUCUUCAGGACUUCACCACCGAGUAUUGCUGGGGAAAGGUCUGGUCUCGUCCCGAACUCGACCGGAGAUCCAGGAGUCUUGUCACUGAUAUCCAUCCAUAUCUUGGCUUCAUGAUCGCCCUCCAUAGCUGGCAUGAAUUGGGCAUCCAUACAAAAGGAGCACUGCGCAAUGGCGUUACCGAGGUCGAGAUUCGCGAGGUCAUCAUGCAAUCCAUGGUUUACUGUGGGGUUCCUGCUGGUGUGCAGGCUCUAAAAGUUGCGGAAACCGCCAUCAACGAGAUGAUAGAGAGCGGAGACCAUCAACGACAGCUGAAAGAAAAGGUGUAG